AGCAAAAAGGGUUCAUCAAAGUUGUAGAAAUUUUUAAAGAAGAAAUAUAAAAAGAUGUUAAGAAUUUGCGUUGUUCUCGUCUUUGCAAUAUUUGAAGCAGUCAAUGCUGAUGGCGGCUGCUGUAGUGAAUGCAACACUACACCUCUCAAGGUGCCAAACAUAAAAACUACUUGUACCGAAUCGUGCAGAGUGCGCAAAGAAUUCACCCACAUGACGACGAACGAAAAGUGUGCCUACAUCGAUGCAAUUAAACGUGUUUCGACGGAAGAGCCGUAUAAAACCAAAUAUAAAAAUUUGUUGUGCAUUCACAAAAAAUAUUUCCCGCACAUCCAUGGUGACCAUCCGAAUUAUUUCUUUCCAUGGCAUCGUUGGUUCAUUUUGCAAUAUGAAAAUCUUCUGAGGGAGGUUGAUUGCAGUGUAACUGUUCCGUACUGGGACUGGACAACCGACGCGAAUGGUAGGAAAUGGUACGACAGUAGCGUUUGGGAUAUUUACAGCGGGUUAGGUGGUGAUGGUAGCAAAGAUGAUGAUAAUGUUGUCGUCGAUGGCCCAUUCAAAAGUCCCGAUUGGCCCAUGGUUCCCGAUAAUGAAGAUUGUAACGAACAUCCUGUUUUGCUUAAAAGAAAUUUCAAUGAAAGUGGAAGCUACUCAGCUAUUCACAUCCAACUUUCGCUACAAAUUCCUAGCUUUCCUCAAUUUUCUAAUACUGCUGAAGCGACAUAUCACGACAAUAUGCAUGACUUUAUAGGUGAAAUCAUGGGAAGUCGUCGUUCUGCCUUCGCACCCGAAUUCUUUUUACACCAUGGUUUCAUAGAUAAAAUUUGGUCUGACUGGGAAAAGAAUGAGACACGCGUAAAUGAUAUGAUGAAAUAUUUUCAGUGCAAUGAUAACGAGUUGGUAGGAACCUUGGGGAUGAACGCUAGUAAUUUUCUUAAUUUGACAAAUCUACCUGGAGACAUCUGUGUAAGAUACGAAGAUUACAACGACUCCCCAAUGAGUUUGUUACAAGGAUUGACUCUUGAACAACUACGAAACAUUCCUUUUGUCCCGCCGCCACCGAUUUCCCAACAUGGUAUAAAGUUGUUCCUCUUGCCGAAAAGUAUGGUGCACGAAGUUGAGAGGAUUAUGGACAAUUUGGGCCCCUUGUGCGUUAUACCUCCUGGGAUGACGAGCCGAAAGAUUAUGAAGAUGGGAUUUAAUGUGGAUGAUAUUCAAAGAGUUCGUGUGGGAAAAUCGUGUGCUUUACAUCACGUUCGGAGUAAAAAUGAAAAAAAGAAUGAAAGAAUACAAAGCAGCGAAUUCAUGAGAUUUUUCAAUGUGAGAGAGUAAAAGAUAUUCAGCUUUCCGUCAUUUAAAUAACAUAGAAUUCAAUAGAUGCAUGAUGAAGUACAUACUGUGAUGUAUUUGAUAGGUUAGGAAAUGCACUCUUUGCUUAGAAAAUGUCGUUUUUUGUUCGUUGUUGUUAUACGUUUUAUAUAAACGUUAGCCAAUGUAUACCACAUAUACGUAAUAGUUCACUUCAAUUGAAGGCUUUUAGCAACAAAAUAAAA